UUGUAGGUCAACAGUUUUGAGCUUUGAGCACGCGCUGCGAAAGCAGAUCUGGAUUGGGACUACGUGCCACUGUUAUCUGCAUCUUUGACCAUGGACCUUGGUUUUGGAAAUUCAAAUCAAGUCGUUGGUGGAACAGCGGCCAAGGUGAUCCUACAAACGACAAAGGCCCAAGAGCAGGCGGUACAGCAGGAGAUCGACCGCUACGAUGCUUUGUUGCAAGACGAUGAUGCACUCGAAGACCUCCGUGCAAAGCGCCUUCAUCAGAUGAAGAAAGCUCAAGAGCAGCGUCAAAAAUGGCAGGCAGCGGGGCACGGAACCUACACUGAAUUGGGGGCCGGGCAUGACUCGCGCGACGUAGGUCGUGAUUUCUUUGAAGCCUCGAAGCAGUCAGAGCGUCUCGUUGUGCACUUUUACAGGCCUUCAACGCGCUUGUGUGACAUUUUUCACGCUCAUCUUGCAAAACUAGCGCCCAGACGUAUGGAAACCAGAUUUGUAAAAGUCAACGUGGAAAACUGUGAUAAGGAAGGCGGAGGAGCAUCCUUCCUUGUGGAACGUUUGGGUAUUGUCGUCAUGCCAACUAUCGUUAUUGUAAAAGACCGCAAAGCGGUUCACCACAUUCGAGGAUUUGACGAGCUUGGAGGAACGGAUGACUUUUCCACCUCUGCUCUGGAAUAUGUUCUC